CAAACUAGGCCAUGUCUCCUCACUCCUCAUGUUGAACCCAGUCUGGCCUUGUCUUUAGCUGGAGUGCAAAGCCACACAUGUACAGCACAAGCCAACACAACAGCGGUUUGCCUUCAUCUGAAAUUACUUCACACAAGUGCAAAGGUGCCCCUGGUUGACAAAGGUAAUCUCUCCCGCCGUGCCUCUCUACAAUGGCCUGGUCUUCCUUUUCGUCUUGGCCAACUUCAGCAUGGCAACCUUCAUGGACCCUGGUGUUUACCCCCGAGCGGACGAGGACGAGGACAAGGACGAUGAUUUCCGAGCGCCGCUCUACAAGAACGUGGAGAUCAAGGGCAUUCAGGUCCGGAUGAAGUGGUGCGCCACCUGUCACUUCUACAGGCCGCCUCGCUGCUCGCACUGCAGUGUCUGUGACAACUGUGUGGAGGACUUUGACCACCACUGUCCCUGGGUGAACAACUGCAUUGGACGGAGGAACUAUCGCUACUUCUUCCUCUUCCUGCUGUCGUUGAGCAUCCACAUGGUGGGAGUUUUCUCCUUCGGCCUCAUCUUUGUCCUCCACCACCGAGAGAGACUGGGAGCACUGCACACCACCGUCACUCUGGUGGUGAUGUGUAUAGCAGGGCUCUUCUUUAUUCCAGUCAUGGGACUCACAGGUUUCCAUAUGGUGCUUGUUGCUCGAGGGCGAACAACCAACGAACAGGUGACGGGCAAGUUUCGUGGAGGAGUAAAUCCCUUCACCAAGGGUUGCUGUGGCAACGUGGAGUAUGUCUUAUGUAGUCCCCUAGCACCUAGGUACAUUUUGGACCCCAGGAAAAAGCCCCGCGCCAAAAUUCAGCCCCCAUUUAUCAGACCUGACCUGUCAGAUAGGCAAAUCACCAUCAAGGUCAGCGACAACGGUAUCCACAGCACCAUCAUCAGCUCCAAGUCCAAAAGUAGCCUGGAUGGCCUGGACAACAAAGAAACCCAGCCUCCGCUUCCGCCCAAGGCUGACAGGUACAACCAGCUGAAAAGCCAGCUGACGUCGAGCGAAGAGAGUUCCCUUUCUGGUAAGACCCACCCUUCCACUCCAGCCAUGUACAAAUUCAGGCCGUCCUUUGGCACCAUGCCUAAAGUCCACUACCACACUGCUGGAGAGAAGAUUGUCAUUCCAGAUGACCUGAAGACCUCGGCCAUCUUGGAAGAGGGUGUCCGUGGUCAUGACUACCGAUCUGAGCCAAACCUAGACCUGCCUGAGUACACCAACGCUCCCCUCCACCGCACCUUCCAGUCCUCUCCCCUCCAGCUGGACUCUGACCCCAUCAACUCUCGCUCUCUCACCCUGAAGCAGGGUCACCGCCUGCCAGAGAAGGGCCAGCUCCCAGCCCUGCAGCCAAAGACAGUCACGUCCACCCCCUAUAAGAGUGUCUUCUCGCCCAACACGCUCUCCAACCGUAAUGGCAGCCUGUCUUAUGACAGCCUGCUUAACCCCAGCAUCUCCCCAGCCACUGCCAGUGAGUGCAUGGCCCAUCGUGGUAUGCCCUCCAUGGGGUUCCACUCGCCCUACCUGCCCACCAAAAUGUGCCACAUCCGGGAACCUGAAAUGCAGAGACAGCAGGUCGCCUCCACCUACAGUCCAGUGAUGCCACCCAGGGGGGUGGGCAGGCAAUCUCCUAACCCAAGGGACAGGGACCCAUCCCCUGUGCGCUACGACAACCUCUCCAAGACCAUCAUGGCCUCCAUCCAGGAGCGAAAGGAGAUAGAGGAGAGGGAGAAGCGGCAGAUACUGCACGGGCGCUCCCAGACCCAUAUCUAUGCCCAGGACUCUGGCGUGUUUGAUGGGGGCUAUGGCCUACCCUCCAGCGCUUGCUACACAGAUGGGCCUCGUGGCCCUAGCUCCAGAGGCCCAACACCUCCUGCCUAUGGUGGCUCCAGGGACAACCUGGUGGGGGUGGGGCUGGUGAGCUAUGGGCAACGAACCCCUGUGUUGCGCCAUGCCGGCUCCACGCUGGGCCGCGCCCCUAGGACUUCAUCCACCUCCCUACACACAGAUCACAGUAGCACCAACAGCAGCCACAGCAGGGCCACUGGCCCCGAGGGCCCCUAUCGCUCCCCGGCCCAUCAGCCCCACUCCCCUGCCAUGCCCCGAUCCCCCUCCUACUCCCGCCAAAAACUCUCCUACAUCAGUGCCCAUGAGAGGACAGACUCACCUCGUCCGGGGGGCCCAAGAGAGGCCAUGAAAGUUAAUGGGCAGACGGACUGCCACCCCAGUGCCCAGGGCGCCACCCUCAGCCCCAGCCGCCACAGUAACGUCAAAAAGGUGACAGGUGUAGGAGGCACCACGUAUGAGAUAUCGGUGUGAGCAGGGACACUGGAUCCACUUCCAACGACCACCCUACAAAGAGAUUCUCUCCUCUCUGUUAUUUUUGUGAAGUCUAGAUAACGGCCAGUCAGGGGCACAUAGCACUCCUCCUUGUUUUGGAGUUACUGUCCAAUCAGAGGAUCUGUCUGCUCCUGUGUGGGUCCGUCUAGCCAAUUGCCCGUGUGUGUUUGUACCAGAGGGGUUGGUUGUCAGAUGAUACCGCUGCAGGCUUUAUGUGUCCUAGAGUGUCUUGUUGUAAAAAAAAUUUGUGGCUCAUCAUCUUGGUCGUAAGGGUGGACCGUCCCACAGAUGGUCAAAGUUAUUACUGUCGUCUGUCAGCUGUGGUCAUGAAGCGUACGUUUGUCACACACAAACUUUGCUCCAGUAAGGAACUGAAGGCUGAACAAUAACACUACAGAUGAAUUAAACACUGACAUCCUCAUCAUGGACCUCCGGGAGAAGACUAGUGUCUUUUCCGAGUCGGUUGACCUCAAGAAGUCAAGGUGCUUCGCAUGAACUUGUACUGUUCAUGUCAUCUCCAGCAUAUUUGGUGGAGUUGUAGAGCUUUGAGAAGUGAUGGAGGACAGAUAAGUUAGAUCAGAACCAACUGCACCAACGGGCAACACAAGACAAGUGAGAUGAGAUGCUGGGAAAGGGGAUAUCAAGAGGAGACAGUCAUCGUAUCAUGUCUGGUGGUUGCAUUCCAAAUUCAUCGAGAAACGCUUGCUUUUAAUUCAAAAUAAAAUGUAAAACGUCCUUCUUUGUCAAACAGACAUUUCUCAGGAAUGAAUGCAACCAGCAGAGAUGCUAGAUAUUAAUUCAUAUAUUAUGAAUGUCUAAUAUUUUUAGGGCUUGAGUAUAGCUUAGCGCCCUUUAUUCCCCUCACGAAGGUGCAGUACAUCACCAUAGGCUGCUGUUUGUUUUAGUGAAGUUCAGUGAUUUCAACAUGACCCAUGAAACAAGUGCUGGGCAGAUUUACUCGUUCUGAAAGAUCAGAAUACCUCAUCCCAACAUUUCAGAACAAGUCCAGCCUUGCACAACCAAAACAACUUUUCUGUUUAUGUUUUGUCUAUAAAAUAAGAAAGAAAUGUUUAGAAAUGUAAGUUGUGUUUGUGUAACUAUCAUAGGAAUGGAAAAGUAUAAAGAAACAAGCCAUUGUCCAACGUAGUCAAAUGAAGAAGGUCAGUCAUUCAUUAUUUUGUAGUUUUUCUAAAAUCAGUUUGUUUCCUUUUUCUAUACCCAACCUUUCAAAAGCUUUGUUUGAUACAUCUUUUUUUAUACAGAUAAUUAAGCCCGGAAUGGGUGUUUUUAUUUUGAGUGGAGUUGUUUUUUGUUGAUAAAUUAUAAGUUCAGUAAAUAAAUAAGAUCAUGGUAAUGGAUAAAAUUAAUUAAGUAAACAUAGCUUAUUCUACCUUGCAGUGUAAAAAAACAAAAAAAACAAAAAAAAAGUAUGAUGAAAAGAUUUGUAAUAUGAGGACGUGAAAUAUUAAAGCCACAAUCUUUGACAAGUGAACAGUUACAUAAUCCACAUUGCCAAUAUGUGCUGUACACAAGACAAGGAUUAGGCUUUCAGUAGAAGCUGUCAUGAGUUUUUAGUGCCAAAAUAGGCUACCCACCCUUCAGUUUAUCAAAGACAGUGAACAGGUGAUGUCCCAAAGAUGGAAAAUAUCAAAUCAAUAAAUUUUCAGCAGCUGUCUGGUACAGCUCCAGUAUUAUCCACUCAGAGUUAGUCAUUCUUUUUUUUUUUUUGCUGUUAAUUGAAGAAAAGACUCAUAACAUGUAUUACAUUUGACCAUUAAAAUGAACAUAUAUCCAAGUGGAAGGUUUUUAUUUAUAUUUUCCACCCACUGACUGAAAAAAUACGGCAGAAUUGACACGGAUGUGAAGUUGUAAAUUAGCGUCAUUUGUAUUAACAAUAAACCAUUGUUGCCUUCUGAGAGGAAACGCUGUUUCAUACACAACGAAAUGUGGCUAGUGGAAACACUAUUGUACGCUAAGGGACAAUUAAAUACCAUUAGUGUUUUGUAUUGAGCAGAUCAGAAAGUUCUGCAAGAAAGGCCAAUGUACAAGAAAUAAUAGUAAUUAAUUAUGAAAUGCCAAUAGUUUAGCAGGAUUUUUUUCCUCUUCCCAUAUCUGAUACAUUCAUAGAUUCCUUUCUCCAGAGAUCAGAGUGUAAAGGCCGGUGUCUGUGGUAGUCUUGCUUUCUGACAAGGUCGGCUGCUGUAGUUACAAUCUUCUGGCUUGUAUAGUCUCCCUUUUAAGAUCUCACCCAGCUGCCUUAGCAUGAACAGAGUAAUGUGAAGUAACACAGGAGACUCUACUAAAGUUGUGUAUUUCUGAAUUGUUGUUUGUUGUAAGGCUGUGGUAUACAGGGCUACUUUGUCAACAAGUCUGAUGUGUAAACUGUCAGCAGAACAGCUAACUGGAAUAUAUUGAAAUACCUGAAUAGACAGUUAGCUGCUGACUUGGCCCAGUCCAUCAUGACUUUCAGACCCCCGUUAGACCACGUCUAUAAACACUUAUCGAUGUCAUUCCUCUCUAAGAUGACUGCCAUUAGUCCAAGGUUUUCUUUUGGGAUGGACAUCACUGCAGGUCAGGGACCAUUCCUGACUGUCAGCAAUGAAUCUGUUCCAUCAGACGUGAGCUGAUUUUGUUUUCUGAAACUCAACUAGAAAGUUCAAUAUGUAUUAAGAUAUAGAAUAUACUAUAAAUGUAAAUGCGUUCCUAUUUUUGUGAAGAGGAAAUAUUUCCCAAUGACCUGAGUGGAGUAAAUAAAAGUUUCCGACUCUUUGA